AACUUUUUGUAAAUAUGAGAACGUCAAAGUAACAAAAUUAUAUUUUUUCCCAAAUUAUGAUGGGUUUAUUCAUUUUUAUAAGUACUUUAUUAAUUAUUUAUUUUACAAUAACAUGGAUUUUGCCUCAUAUAUUUUCAAGAAUCAUUGAACGAAAAUACAAAGUUUUUACUAGAAUAGCAAGAAUUAAUAUACCAUAUUUCAAAUUAUGUGAUAUUCAAAUAUCAAAAAACGGAUUUACAAUCCACAUAGAUGAGAUAGGUAUUAAAAGUAGUUUUCUAAACUCAGAACUGACAAAGUUAAUUACAUUGGUUGUGAAAGAUGUGAGAAUCAACAAGGACAUUAGCUUGAACGAGUUUGAAAAUGUAGACAACACUAACAGUGAACAAAAAAUUCCAAUAGAUUUUAGAAAUAGGAAAGUACCACAUUUUAUUAAUACUUUUGCACAAUUUAUGGCUGUACACAUUUACAACAUAUCAGCUAUGUUGCUUAGAUCCCAAACACCUGGUUGUUUGAUACAUGCAACAGCCAGCGAAUUACAUUUAGAUGGCAGCAUCCUAAAGAAUGCAAAAUCGCUACUAGUAACACUGAAUCUGCUCGAAGCUUCUGCGAAAGUUUUGCGCCAUGCCGAAAAUCAAACGGAAGAGACUAAAUUAGCUGAAUUCAGUUUCAGAAUAUCAACCGAAGCGAUAUUGGUUGCACAAGGACCACUGUCUGUUGAAAAACUUGAUGUGAGCAUGUCGCAUACUAAUGCUGUGAUCAAUGAUGGAUUUUAUGGGAUGACCCAUCAGGGUAAUGUUAGGAAAAAUGCGCCAGUUUCUUGCAGGACUCAGGAUGAUGAUAAUAUUAUACAGAGGAUCUUGCCUAUCAUUCCAAAGAACUGCUCGUUACAUAUCGACGACACGUCAGUAAAAGGGGUGAGAGAAAACGGUCAGAUUGAAUACAAUUCCUCUCUGAAAAAACUAAAUUUGUACUACAGACCAGUUUCCAAAGAGAAUAAACUGGGUGAUAAAACCUUUAAUUUUACCAUGGCGGAUUUGCAAUUAAAAAAUAGUCGGGAAAAUUUGAUAUUACUCAAACGAUUAAACGUCGAUGCUAAGCUUAAAAACUAUACGGUAAAUCUGUAUUUACAACUCAACACGUUAUUGUUAACGUACAACCACGACGUGAUUUAUCGGUGGGUUUACUGUAACUUUCUAAAAAAUCAACCCGUUCUAAACCUGCCAAAGAGGAAAGACAGUUUGGCUAUCCUGGAAACAAUGACCAAAACUAACGGCAAUUCCGCCUUGGAGAGCAUCAUGAAGAAACUAGUUGUUAACAUGUGUGCAGAAUUUUAUCAGGUUUCCGCCAUGGCCAAAUUGAACGACGACCACCAAUCUUCAGUAGGUUUCAACCGAGUCCGAUUGAUUUUAGAACAGGAUAAAGCAAAAAGAGGCUCCGAAUAUGGUUAUUCAUUAAUAAAUCUUCUAUUGCACGACCAUCACUGGCAAAUGGAGUACCUCAUUGAAUCGUUGUGGUGGAGCUUUCAAAAUUGGAGCGAGGAUUCGAACGUCUCUCCUAAAAUGCAUGUUUGGGGCACUCCAGUUUAUUUGGAACGCGGACUGAUUAAAGUACAUAGUCGUGGUGAAAACGAUGUUAUAGUAGCCUCCUUUUUAGAUAAACUGCAAUUGGAAUGGUCCUUGGAUAUGGCAGAAUUUGUAGUGCUGGCAAUAAAGAGUACCAAGGAGUACUGCGUCAAUUUUGGGAGAAAGCCAGAAAAAAGAACUAGAAAUAAAGACAAGUUCCUGUUUUCGGUUAAUUUGGAAAUCACUGAGUUUGAUUGUUUUAUGCAGUCUCAAAAUAAUGAAUAUUUUGUGACACGUUUGAACAAAGUUUCAAUGGAGAACACAGUAGACAGAACAUUCCUCGAGUGCGAGGAAUUUAAACUGUUUAAUGUCCAAAACAACGGAGCUUAUUAUACCUGUAUCAGAACCGAAGAUAUUUCCAACUAUAAAAUUUUUGUGAAAACGGUACAGUUAGAACUUUUGAACGAAAAUCACUGCAAAAUAAUAUCAGUAAAUUUCUUGGAGAAAAUAUAUGUAUUUUGGUCGACGAACUUCCACAUGAAAUCAUUAUUGUUGGUGAAAGAUAUAAAAGAGUUAUUACUAGCUGUGAAACGAGAGUUGGGAAUAAAAUCUGCCAAAAACGAAGACAGCGUUAACAGAGUGAUUGGAUGCAACAUAUCUGGGAAUUUAGACUUUCACAUUGAGAUUUCUCCCCAACACAACGCAAAAAUCGCUAUUGAACAACUGGAGUAUUUUAAUAGUCUCGCUGAUACGAAAUUGCUUCUGAACAAAGUGACAAAAAUCGCGUUGGACGGUGCGGAAAUCUUCACCUUCACCAAAAUCGCUGCUUGCAGAGUAAAAGAUAACGAACUGGUGAGAAGUGAACGAUUGGAUGCGGACAAUUUCCAACUCCUUUGGAAUCGAACGUGGGUUGUUUCCAUUGAUCAGUUCAGAGCAGUCUUUCCUUACGAACACGACUACGCUGAGGCGGUACAAAAUCAAUUCGUUUCUGUGUUUAAGUGGUUGAAAAUCGUGCACGGUGUAAAAAAGAAUCCGUUCACUAAUGACAGUCCGCUCCCCAGUGAUUUGCUAAUUAACAUUAAAGAAUUUUUGUUCGAAAUGAGCGAUGACCCGUUCGAGGUAAAGUUGCGGGACAACUUCGAACUACUGAUGGAUGAAUUUAACGAGAGCAUCAAGAGACAUGAGAUGCUUAAACGAAAAAUUGAAGAGAUGAGCAAAACUCGCCUGCAUUUGCCGUCAGGAAAACUCGAAGAAUUGUAUGCACAAUUAAGAAAGAAGAACUCCGAAAUCUACAUUCAAAGAUCGAAGCAAAUGCAAUCGGCUUCUCCGGCCAGGACAAGUCUGUUUGCUUGGAAAAUGACGAAUGUCGAAAUAAUGUCGUUGGCAGAUCCUUCCAUUCAUGGGACCGACAACGUGAUUAGAAUAAUGAGGGAAAUCGAUUCGGAGUCGCCUUGGCCCGAAGAACCGAUGGAAUUUUCUACCUUGUGGUGUCGUGUCGUUUCCUUCAAGUGUGAGGUGUGGAAAAUCCAGCUGAGAGAUUUUCAACAGCCUCUCCUCGACAUCAAACAGUGUCUGAUCUGUGGAGUUUUAUGUGGCGCCGAGCAAGUUGCACCGAAAAGAGCUACGAGGAACGUUAUGGUAAAUUUGGGCGAACCCUUCGAGCCUUUCAUUGUGGAAAGAGGAAUGCUACCCUUGAAGUUCUACCACGAUUUUAAUUGCGAAAUCGAAUCUUACAGUUACGCCUUCGGCCCUUGUUGGGAACCCGUAAUCGCUCAAUGUAACUUAAGUUUUAACAAGAUUUCGGCUCCUUCACGCGAUCCUUCGCCCCCACUCCCAUUCUGGGACAAAAUGCGCUUGUUAUUCCAUGGCAGAUUGACAAUGGUGGUUCAACAGUUGACGGUUUUAUUGCAUGCUUCCCUAAAUCCGUAUAACACAACUGAAGAAAUGGCUCUGACUUGGGAGAAAGUCGUGAUGGACUGGACGAACGCCAAGUUCGUUUACAAGGGCGAUCUGAAUAUAUAUGUCAGAACCGAGUCCAAAUAUGAUGAUGUGCAACUGUUGAAGCUGCCUAACUUAAAAUUGAUGCUGGGUAUACAGUGGGUAUGUUUAGGCGAUCCGAACGAUCAUCACAAUGUUAUUUAUUGCGCUCCCGAUAGAGUUCCCGAGUAUUCGAGCAAUCAGGAACAUGAUUCGUUUAGGGCGUUCAGGUCUCAAAAUGUUAACUUGAGUAUUGUAUUGGAAACUAGGCCAGUAUCAAAUCAAUCUCCGACCAAUUCACCAAUACUUUUACUCUAUGGAAGUACUUUGAGAUGGAUUGAAAGUUUAAAAUUAAUUUUAUCGGGUGUUACACGUCCCACCCGUCGCGGGAAGAUUUUCAAUAACCUAAGACCGAGAAAGAUACAACUGAGUCGACAUUACAAGAAGGUCCACUUGUUGAUGGGCUUACACAAGUUCCAAGUAUGUUACUGGAUGUCGUUUUCCAUGCAAAGGGGAUGUGAACUAUCUGGUGGCAGAUUAUCCUGUAGUUCAGAACACACUUUGUCGUUGGUCUCCGUGGAAGAUGGAUUGAAACACCGCCCCAAGGCCGAAUGGUCAAUAGUUUACAUGAAUUCCGAACUGAACGAUUCGGAAAUUUGGCUGAAAAGCGCAUUACAAGACGACACUGAAUCUGAAGUCCUCUCGCCUCGGCAGCCGGUCGAAAAAUACUUUUGUUUGUCCGUCGCCAAAGUUUCGUACGGUAGAGAGACGCACUUGCAUAGCAGGGAACCGAACGUGGAAAGGAAUAAGGACAUACCCACGCACAGAUUGGUGGUGUACGAUUUACGUGGCGCUUGGACGAAAAGCAAUCGUAACGUGGCCUUCGCAUUAUUUGAUACUUUUAUGAAAACGAUGAGAAUGAAAAAGAAUUUGUCAACUGAAGCCCUUAAAGGAUUCAGAAAGGAUAACAACACGACUCCCUUAAAGAGACGAAACAACGAUCCAACAAAUACUCCUCCAAAUGCAUCUGUUCAAGCACUUCAGGCUUCUGCAACAGUUCCGGAAGUACCAUCUCCUAUCAGCAAAUUACAAUCAGGACACGCGGCCAACAUGUUACAACAAUUGAUAGCUGAAGCCGACAACAAAGCUGUGGUUUAUAGUGACGAUUUGUCUGCACCUUCCCGCCAGCAACACUUGCAAGGUGUCCAGGCUUGCUCGCAGGACGAUGUGCUGCAUAAAAACUGGCAAAUCGCCUUGGUGAAUGCUCAGGUGCUGCUCAAAGGCUGUGAAACCAAAGGUUACGUGAUAUUGAGCGCGGCAAAGGCAGAGAUAAUCCAGAGGAUACACAGACCGGCCUGGCGGGACCGAACUCUCGUCUCGAAAACAACGUGGACCGGCAUUCUCGAAUGCAUGCAGUAUUACGCCACCGUCAACCCCGGUGAAAAUGAUUCCGGCUACGACAACAUUAUGUGGUUGACGGUUGACAACAUCCAGGAAAAGGAAUCGGCGGAAAUAUCCGAGGUUUCGGAAGUCCCAAAUAUGGUGGGAAGCGGAGUGUCGGUAGGUGCUGUCGUCAGUGACACCGUCGGCCCUAGCAACGACCGACAGUUGCAAAGGAUCGUCUCACGUUGUAAGUGCGAAUUCUUCUACGCGGACUACGGAGACAUUAGCGUGGAUCCGGAGGCGGUCGGAGAGGUACCGCCGCCCCCUCAAGAAGAGGUCGGACCGUGGGAUCGUCGAGAUUCUGCCGUCGAUGCUUUCACUGUUAUGCAUUACGACUUGGAAGUCUGCACUAACUCACUACAGUAUGCAAUGCUCUUGGACAUCGUGAAUAACUUGUUAUUAUACGUUGAACCGCACAGAAAAGAAGCGCUGGAACGUCUGGCGAGGAUGCGAUUUCAGUUGCAACUGCACAGCGUCGAAGAUCAGCGUAAACCUAUUCAGGAGACCCAAAAUCGCAUCAGAUCGACUCUCAGCAAAUUGCGUAAACAAGAGCGUGAUACUUAUCUCGUGAAUAAAGCUCUAGAAGAAAAUCCUGACGAUCCUGUCCUUAAACAGACCAGCGAUCAUCUAGAUAAACAAAUGUACGAGUGUAAGAAAGAAUUAAAUGCAAUCAGCGAAGAAUUGGAUAUGAGAUUGUCGUGUUACAAAGAAAGUCAGUUGUUGGCUAACAGUCGUUUAGCGACGACAAGGAGCGAUAAACCGUUGACUAUAGUAAGAGCAAAUGAAAUUUGCUUCAAACAUGCUCAGUGGAGACUGACCGAAGCCGAUGGGCAAAUCGGCAUUGCAGAUCUAGUUUUAAGUAAUUUCUUAUAUACCAAAAAUUCAAAAAGUGAUGAUUCUGUUGAACAUUUGCUAGAGUUAGGUUACUUACGCAUGACAAACUUACUCCCUAAUGAGAUUUACAAAGAGGUGAUAUGUCCUACGGAAAUUCAGUUUGACAUGCCUAUAGAACAUAAGAAAGUACUAAGAAUAUUCUGCAGAGAAAAGCCUCCGGUUGGUGGAAUAUCUGUAAAAGAACACUUUGAAAUUAACAUGGUACCUCUGACAAUUGGCUUGACAAAAAAAUUCUACCACACCAUGAUGAAAUUCUCUUUCCCAGAACGAGAAACCGAAACUAUAGAUUUCAAUGAUAGAGCCAGCGAAGAUGGCGACAACGUUGAAAUCAAAGGCAAGAAAUUAAAACCCAACAGAAAACACAGGGACUCGAACUUCUAUAUUCAUAUCGACGACGUUGAGAAAAUGAAGGAACGUGCGGAGAAGAAUAAGCUGUUUGUUUACAUAAAAAUACCAGAGGUUCCGGUAAAAGUAAGUUACAAGGGUACCAAAGAAAAAAACUUAGAGGAUUUGAGGGACGUUUCACUAGUCAUACCUACGUUAGAGUAUCACAACAUGACGUGGACUUGGUUGGAUCUACUUGUUGCCUUGAGAAAUGAUACAAAAAAAGUUAUUUUAGGACAGGCGAUUAAACAAAAGUUGCAAAUAAAAAGAAAUACCGGUUCUUUGGAUGAAAGUUCUACACCGCAAGAAGAAGACAAAGCUAGAAUGUUAUUUGGAGCACGUCAUGCUCCAGAGAAUAAAAGUAUUCGUAAAGGCGUUAGUGGCGUAUUUAAAUUCAGGAAAUGACCAAGGUCGUAUUUGUAAUUAUAAUAUGUGGUGGUACUAAAUUAGACUAGAUACAUUAAUUUAUUUGACUGUCGUCUUUAUUGUAUUUAUUUUUCAACUUCAUUUGUGUAGUAUUAACACCAAAGCAUUGUUAAAAACUAUUAUAAUCAAAAUGUUAAUGAUGUUGAUGUGCUUACAAAGUUGUAUUUUAUAUAUUUUUGCUUGAAAUUUAUUAAAUAAAAAGUAAAAUAUUUAACAAACGUUUUCCUUCUUCCAUAACUAUUGGAUAUGGUAUGAUACCUACCACAAUAAUGUUUUUAUAUAAAAAAGAAAACAAUUUUUUAUUACUCAUAGAGCUGUUUAUUAAUAAUACCUAAUUAAUAUGUAUAUAAUUAUUUAUAAAGUUAUUAACAUUUUAUGUGUUUAUUUACUAAUUCAACUAAUGUCAAUAAAAUAUGUACAAAUUUA